CUAAACUUUUUUCCAUGUUGUGAUUUAUGAAACUGUUCUCUGAAAAUCGUGGAAAUGCCAUUUCCAAGCCACUAAAAAUUUCAGUUUCUCUGUGUGUGGAGGGAGGGGAAACGGGGUGGCUUUGCUCCCAUAACCGCUUCGCGCCUCGCGCCUCGUUUCACUUUCUUUUCGGUACGCAAUUACAAAACUCCUAUUUUUUCCGGUUAGCUGACUAUCCAGGCAAAGGAAAUUGACAUCCACCUGAAUAAGAAUAUUCCAUUCAAGGAUUGUUUAUAAUGUAAAAAUACGCACGUUUGUCCGUUUGUGGUCACAUUUUCAACAGCUUUGUUGCUCUUCGAUGCGCUCGGCGGUGACAACAAGAUUUUCACGUCGCUUCAAAUGUCACAAGAUUGGGUGACACUGUCAACCAUGCACACCACAGGGAAUUAAAAAUGUACGUAAUUAGAAAUUGUCUAUGUCUGCAACCUGAGACACAAUGCAUCGAUCAAACAACGGAAGACGUAGGACGUAAUCAAGGAUUUUGGAAUGAACAGAGCUGUUACUUUCUUGUUAGUCUGUUUAAUCUUAGCGGCGAUAUGUUUGCUGUUGACUAUCGUCUUCCAAAUGGAUUCUAUAUCACUUCAGAGACCAGCGGGGAUGCGUUUGUCCAUCGAUAAUGCCUAUUAUGCUAAUCGUACCGGAAAACACUGCAACGAUAUUUCAUUCAGUUCGGGCGAAAUGUGCCCCAAGCUAUACACAGAACUUGGGGGAAGAUGCGACUUUAUCAACGGUACGCUUCAAUGUUCUGAUAUUCGUCACUACUCAAAGUUCCGUAUCCGCCAAGCACAGCUCGCAAUGACUCGAAUGCUUCGCAUCUUUGACCUGCUCGCCCAGAAGCAUGAAAUCUACUACUGGAUAGCACGGGGAACUUUACUCGGCGCUGCAAGACAUCAUGGAUUUGUUCCCUGGGAUUUAGAUGCCGAUAUUGAAAUUCCUUUAGACGACUACGUCAAAUUUUUUCAAGUUGCAGCGAAGGAGUUACCGGCUGAUAUUUUCUUUCAAAAUACUAUUAGCGAUCCUGCGUUACACCCGGACGAUCCAUCGGGUUUUCACAGGCAUGAAAUUGUUGGGAUCUACCAAACGACCUGGAACCCAAGACUGAGGGACAGAAACAGUUGUUAUAAAUACUGUAUGGCUUAUGGAUGUAAGUGGCAUGAUGGAUUAAUGGUUGAUAUUUUUGUUUUGCGUUAUGUAGACAGCUCGGUUUAUCCUUUGAAGCGAUUACCUUUCGAGGGAUUCACACUCCCUGUUCAGAACGACUGGAAAAAGGAAUUAAAGUCAACUUAUGGGAAACAUUGGUUUGAAUUUCCAAAGGAUAGAAGGCCAGAUGAAAACCCAGACGUCUUUAAUGGUUGUGAGAAACUGAAAUCCUAAUGUCCGAUGUUGAUUUACGUAUGCUGCAAGUUCCCACGAGUAACAUUAAACAACAAGAAUUGACGAGUUAGAGAGUUUCGAGGGUGUUCGAAGGUGUGAAGUAAAUUAUAGAAAGAAGUAUAAGUUUACAUUUACUAGUUUGCAUUCAGAUCAAAAAGCCGCAGUUUAUCGACAAAGAAUUACAAACUUGCUUGAAAGUAUUAAAAUUAUAGAAUAAAUAAAUAUAUGUGUGUCUAGAUCAUCGAUUGGUAUUGCUGAAUUCGUUGAAUUUCAUUUUCUUCGUGUACUACCGUGAGAGAUGUGUUACAAUUCACGUCGCAUCCUCGUUCCCAGGGUGUCUCUCCUCCAGGAGGCGUUAAUAAGAAAGAGACCCUGGGAGCGACGUCGCAAUUUCUUCGGAUUCGCUACUCGGAACAGGUAAUGUCUCCGGACAGGAACCAUAAUCGGGGACGGAGACCGUAAGCGCGCGCCAUUUCUAGUAUUGGGACUCUCCCUAUGAUAUGGGACAAUUUUUCUAUUUUUAGAACAAAUUGCGCCAUCAUCUGCGGGACACGCGCGUACAUUCUGCGAGGAUUUUUGCGGAUCGAUGUAGCGCGAGAAAAUGGCGUCCGAAAUUCCCGAAAUGUUUGAUGCUUUUA